AUGGGCGUGCUAUAUGCAGCACGGGGCGUGCAUACACGUAUAACCAGCACGGACAUGCGCUUCGGAUAUGCUGAACGAAUAUGCUAUUCAGAGGUGGCUGACACUGAGGUCUUACAAGCAGAGGUGGAUGACACUAAGGUCUUACAAGCAGAGGUGGAUGACACUGAGGUCUUACAAACAGAGGUGGCUGACACUGAGGUCUUACAAGCAGAGGUGGAUGACACUAAGGUCUUACAAGCAGAGGUGGAUGACACUGAGGUCUUACAAGCAGAGGUGGAUGACACUGAGGUCUUACAAGCAGAGGUGGAUGACACUGAGGUCUUACAAGCAGAGGUGGAUGACACUGAGGUCUUACAAGCAGAGGUGGAUGACACUGAGAUCUUACAAGUAGAGGUGGAUGACACUGAGGUCUUACAAGCAGAGGUGGAUGACACUGAGGUCUUACAAGCAGAGGUGGAUGACACUGAGGUCUUACAAGCAGAGGUGGAUGACACUGAGGUCUUACUAGUGGUGAGCACAACUUUAUGGACCGAGGAACCAACACGGCGGAAAAGACACGUGUCGUUUCGUCGGUCGUCGACCAGAUCUGUGACCAGCGGACCAAGUGAUGAUCUUGACCCGUUAUAA